UGAUAAGCGAUAACCACGUUCUUAGCCUGCGAGUCAGGGAGGGGCAACCUCGCAGAUACCGGACUAGGAACUGAAGCAACAUCCUGGGGCUCAAAGGAGGUGUAUUACAGGACGACAUAUCUUCCGGAUAGUUCUGUCUUGUAAACCUGUCCUGUUCUGCUCUCAUGGACCCCUGUUCGUGGCUAAGGAAAGCCCAGGGACAUUGAAGCCAGGCCAGCAAUUCCCGCGUCGCCCCUUGCUGGUCACCCAGGCCUACAGCUCUUCUGCCAACCAUCACGAAAGGUUGGCUGUAGUCGAGGAGCAAUAACUAGACCUGACGAGCCUAUAAAUCCGCAGCGACAAUACCCUGACGCGGAGGAUGCCUCGACCAGCGCUCCCGAUCCAGGACCUCCCAGCUUGGGUGCACCUCAACGAGGUUUCUUUCAAUCAGGUCGAGGUCGCAAGUAUCGAGGGCAAGGGUUAUGGUGUGGUCUGCAAGACAGACCUGAGCGCCGGAAAUGCCGAUUCCAACAACCCAGCUCUCAUCAGCGUGCCACACGACCUCGUGCUCAACUCUACGGCUGUCAGCGAGUACGCCAAGGAGGACAAAAACUUCCGGCAACUCCUUGACGCUGUCGGACGCCGUUCCGGCCGAGCGGACGUGUUGCUCUUUCUUCUGGUCCAAACCGCCAUGACUUCCCGGUCCGGCCCACCACUAGUGGGCGUUUCGAAUCCCUGGACCGAGUACCUCCGGUUCCUCCCAGAGACGGUGCUGGUUCCCACGCUGUGGACCGAGGACGAGAGGUUGCUACUCCAAGGGACGUCCCUCGAGGCUGCUGUCAAUGCCAAGAUCUCGGCCCUGGACGCUGAAUUCGCUCAGAUCGUGGAGAAAUCGUCCGACAUCGCAUGUUGGCGCGAGCUGCUCUGGGACGGUGGCACGGUCUCGUUUACAGAUUGGAUUCGGCUCGACGCCUUGUACCGCUCUCGGUGUCUGGAGUUGCCCGUUCAUGGGGAGUCCAUGGUGCCAUGCAUCGACAUGCUCAACCACUCGGCCACCCCUUCGGCGUACUACGAUGAGAACCCCCAGGAUGACGUAGUCUUGCUGCUCAGGCCGGGAAUCAGCCUCGCGGAGGGCGAUGAGAUCACCAUCAGCUACGGCGAUGCCAAGUCCGCGGCCGAGAUGCUGUUUAGCUACGGUUUCAUCGACCCCCGGUCAACCGCCGACAGCCUCGUCCUGCCGCUCAGCCCGUUUCCGGAUGACCCCCUAGCCAAGGCAAAACUUGUGGCCUUCGGCCAGGCGCCUAAAAUCCACGUGGCCCGGGAGAGUGACGGGUCGAUCCGAUGGCGGAGCGAGUUCGCGUAUCUGAUGUGUAUCAACGAGGAGGACGGCCUAGAGUUCCGCAUCCUGCAGCAAACCGACGGCGCUCAACAGCUACGCGUGUUCUGGCAGGACGAGGAUGUCACAGAUCGAACAGCCGGCUUCGAGUCCCUGAUCCAGACGCACCCCCUUGCUGCCAUCCUGCGACUGCGUGUUGUGACGGUCAUCCAAGAGCAUCUCCAAAAUCAGCUCCAGCGCCUGCAGUCGAGCACGCCUCCCAACCGAGCUACCCCUUUGCAACGGGAGGAUUGUUUCAGAGCCGCACUGCUCCUCCGUCAGAUUGAAACAAGAAUUCUGGACGAUGCCAUCAAAAUCUUGGAACAAGAGAGAAGCACGCUAAUGAAGGACGAAAACGUGGUGGCUUACCUCGGACUUACGGAAGCUACCGAAUCGGAUCAAGCCGUCGAGGAGGCGUCCAAUGAGGCCGACGACUUCAGCUAGCUGAGGAUUUCUUCACCUUUGCGUCUUGGACUUGGGACGUCCAACAAAGUCAGGCCACGCGGGCUUGAGGAAGAGCUACGCAAACAUCUAUUGGGAAUGGCGCUAGUUAAGCGUCUUCGAAUAGUCCCUCUGCGCCUGAACUCCAAAGGCAGUGCUCCUGUCUGCCGCGAUGAGCCGUGGAAGCAUCUCGGUCGCCAAUGAGGGGACAAGGAAUGAAGGCAGUGUUGCUCAACACAUCCCCUUACAAUGCGGUAUCUUACUG